AUGGCACUUCAGUUCACAAACAACACAUUUACCUUCAACCUCCAAAUUGCAAGAUUUGAUGUCUUGCCAGAAGCUGUUUAUCCUGUUUUUAUCGCUGGGACUUUGUGUUAUUUGUGUGCAGUUUUCUUUAACGUAACAAUUUUAGCAUUAAUUGUUACCCAGCAAAGUCUUCACAAACCAAUGUUUUACAUUUUGUUCAGCCUUCCUCUGGCAGAUUUAAUAGGAAUCACCUGUGCUCUUCCCAGAGUGCUUGUUGAUAUUCUAACUGAAAAAAAUAUGGUCUACUAUCCAACAUGUGUUCUGCAGGGCUUUUUGCUUCAUUUGUAUGGAGGUGGUGUACUUUUUAUUCUUGCUGCAAUGUCAUUUGAUCGUUAUAUAGCUAUAUGCCAGCCACUCAGAUAUAACUCUAUAAUGGGUCCAUACAUGGUUGGUGGUGUCAUAGCUCUGGCUUGGGGACUUGAUAUAGCUAUGGUUGUUGUAUUAUUUGCCCUUCAAGCAAGAUUUGUAAAAUGCAAGACUUUUAUUUCUAAUGUGUAUUGUGAUAAUAUUUCUUUGCUCCAACUGUCAUGUGGUGGUGAUUUUAUUGUGAACAACAUCUAUGGAUUAUCCAUAACUGGAGUCAUGCAGGGAAUAAGUGUGACUGUUCAAUUAUUCUCCUAUGUACAAAUUCUUAAAGUCUGCAUUUCCCACACACAAACUGAUGCUAGAAGUAAGGCUGUAAACACAUGUUUAGCACAGUUAAUUACAUUUGGCCUUUAUGAAAUAGUUUCUAAUGUUACAAUACUUUCAUAUCGUUUUCAAAAUGUACCAUCUAAUACACAAAAAAUAUGUGGUAUGUUGACUUUCACAGUUCUUCCAGUUGUUAAUCCAAUAAUCUAUGGAAUUAAAACAAGAGACAUAAGAAAAGCAUUUUUCUCACUGAUAAAUAAAAAACAUGAGGUUGUAACACAACUAUCACGCAUAUAA